AUGUCCGGGAAUAUGGACGCAUAUGCGGAUCCCGACAGGAGAGGUACAAGAAUUGUGGAUGAUCCAAAAGCAGACCCCCUUCGUUCGCCUCUACAUCGCCUCCAGACAGAGAUUGCCAAAGAUACCAAGUACUCCUUAGAACAUUCCAUAUCUGGUGGGUCCAAUCGUGUCAGAGACCUACAGCAGAAUUUAGACAAUGAGAGCAUUUAUCUGUUUGACUCUGUUUCCACCAGUGGUCGACUUCUAGAUCGCUUGGAUCUUGAUCCUGAUGACUAUAACGAUGACACCUGGCUCCGAAGGAGGGAGUCGACUUUUCUGGUGCAAAGCACUGGUAGGCUACUUGAUAGAUUGGGGCUAGAAGAUUCAACUGUAGAAACCGCUCAGCCUAUGGGCAUGCAGCAUACAAAUUCCCUGUCAUCGAACCUGACCUUGGACACUCGGUUUGUGCCCAUUCGAGCCAAUUCCUCUCUAGGCAUGGAAAGACUUCGAUCUGCAAGCAAAGUUCCUAUUCGCACUGAUAGCGCGUCCGGUAAAUUGCCAGUAAUGACUGCUCCUGGUGGAGUCGUUCGCCAACCUGCCAAUUCCUCCUUUGACUCGCUUCAUGGAGACAUCGCGAUAACUAGCCCCAACUCUGCACUUUCGCUUACAUCUUUGGAGGGCUCCUCUUUCGGGAAUCCCAAGAGAUCCAGCUCACAUGAGAUCUUUAAGAAUGGCAGGCCAGAACUCAACUCUCAUGUAAACUCUACCGUAUCUCUACCGAAAGCUGGCGCCCUUGACGCACAAGCGAAACAGAGAAGUGCAUCGGGCCAGUCCGUUUCAUCUACCAAUUCUGUGACAUCAUUUGAUUGUGCGCAGGUUGUAUUUAACUUUGCCUCAUUUUUUGACGCUCAAGUAGAGCUGAACUUGAAGAAAGCCAUGGCUCUUAGGGCAGAAGGAAAUCACCGUGAAGCCUCAUAUCAACUCCAAAUUUUGGCGAAUCCGCCAACAAAUUAUCCAAAGGCAAUGUACCUAUACUCACAAGCCUUACAAUUAGGACAAGGUGUCAAGUUAAACCAUUUGCAAAGUGUUCGUUGGCUUUGCCGUUGUAUCUUGGUGUGUUACAUGCUUGAAGCCACACCUCCAAGUGAUGAUUCUGUCUUGACAAAUUACGUGUUUAAAUUGGCUGAGGUUCUGCCUGAUAGAUUGAUAUCCAUCAUUGAUCAUAAUUUGUCGGACGAACGCAAUGAUCCAUUCAAACUUAACAGUCAUUUUGAAACGUUGAGUCCAACUACUAUAAAGAAAAUUGUGCUCCUUAACACAAAGGAUAACAACGUUUUAGGUAGCGCCUACUUUGCUCUUGCCAAAAAUUUACUCCAUGGUCAAGGAAUUGAGAAAGACGAAGAAAGGGCAAGGCUGUUUUUCGCCAAGUCUGCGUCCGUUGGAUAUUCCAAUGCGAUGGUUGUCCUAGGUGAACUUUGGAGCAACAAGUCAAAGUCAUUCAAGAAAGACUUGCAUUUAGCUGCCGCCUGGCUCAGACUCGGUGAGUUAUUCGGAGAAACAAACAUGGGAAACAGCUGGAUCUUUAAAGAGAAGUACAUGGAGAGGAAAAAGAUUGAUGAUGAUAAAAAGAUCCCAAAGGAUCGUAAACUUUUUUAG